UGGGCUGAAGACAAAGCCAACCAGGACAUCCACUUCAUGUUUCCAUUCACUUUCAGAGAGUUGAACGUGCUGAAAGAGAAGAAGUUCAGCUUGGUGGAACUUGUUCAUCACUUCUUUACUGAAACCAAAGAAACGUGCAGCUUUGAAGACUUCCAGCUUGUGUUCAUCUUUGAUGGUCUGGAUGAGUGUCGACUUCCUCUGGACUUCCACAACAACCAGAUCCUGACUGAUGUUACAGAGUCCACCUCAGUGGAUGUGCUGCUGACAAACCUCAUCAGGGGGAAACUGCUUCCCUCUGCUCGCCUCUGGAUAACCACACGACCUGCAGCAGCCAAUCAGAUCCCUGCUGAGUGUGUUGCCAUGGUGACAGAGGUCAGAGGCUUCACUGACCCACAGAAGGAGGAGUACUUCAGGAAGAGGUUCAGAGAUGAGGAGCAGGCCAGCAGGAUCAUCUCCCACAUCAAGACAUCACGAAGCCUCCACAUCAUGUGCCACAUCCCAGUCUUCUGCUGGAUCACUGCUACAGUUCUGGAGGACGUGUUGAAAAGCAGAGAGGGAGGAGAGCUGCCCAACACCCUGACUGAGAUGUACAUCCACUUCCUGCUGGUUCACACCAAAGUCAAGAAGGUCAAGUAUGAUGGAGGAGCUGAGACAGAUCCACUCUGGAGUCCAGAGAGCAGGAAGAUGAUUGAGUCUCUGGGAAAAGUGGCUUUUGAGCAGCUGCAGAAAGGAAACCUGAUCUUCUAUGAAUCAGACCUGACAGAGUGUGGCAUCGAUAUCAGAGCAGCCUCAGUGUACUCAGGAGUGUUCACACAGAUCUUUAAAGAGGAGAGAGGCCUGUACCAGGACAAGGUGUUCUGCUUCAUCCAUCUGAGUGUUCAGGAGUUUCUGGCUGCUCUUCAUGUCCAUCUGACCUUCAUCAACUCUGGACUCAAUCUGAUGGAAACUAAAGCCAAGAUGUCUUUAGGUUUGAAGAAACCAAAACUAAAAUAUCUCCACCUUUGUGCUGUGUACCAGGCCUUACAGAGUCCAAAUGGACACCUGGACUUGUUCCUCCGGUUCCUCCUGGGUCUUUCACUGCAGACCAAUCAGACUCUCCUACGAGGCCUACUGACACAGACAGGAAGUAGCUCACAGACCAAUCAGGAAACAGUCCAGUACAUCAAGAAUCUGAUCAGUGAGAAUCUGUCUGCAGAGAAAAGCAUCAAUCUGUUCCACUGUCUGAAUGAACUGAAUGAUGGUUCUCUAGUGGAGGAGAUCCAACAGUCUCUGAGUUCAGGAAGUCUCUCCACAGAUGAACUGUCUCCUGCUCACUGGUCAGCUCUGGUCUUCAUCUUACUGACAUCAGGAAAAGAUCUGGAUGUGUUUGACCUGAAUAAAUAUUCUGCUAAAAAGGAGCAUCUUCUGAGGCUGCUGCCAGUUCUCAAAGCCUCCAACAAAGCUCUACUCUCUGGCUGUGGACUCUCAGAGACUCACUGUGAAGUUGUGGCCUCAGCUCUGAAGUCCAACCCCUCCCAUCUGACAGAACUGGACCUGAGCUUCAAUGACCUCGAUGAUUCAGGAGUGAAGAUUCUGUCUGCUGGACUGGAGAGUCCAAACUGUAGACUGGAAAAGCUAAG